AUCGAAGGUAGUUUCGUCUUGAGGCUAGCUUUGCCGACAUAAAACGAAUUUCUGUUUAAUUUUCAUUGAAAAGUGAAUAGGUUAAUUGUCAGGCGGUGGAUAGACUUUUGGGAAAAAUGUUUCAUAACAUGCUGUUAACUGCUUUGACCCCGCACAGUAAUACAUAUGAGAAUAAUCCAUGGAAGAAUCAGCAUUUCGCCACACCAUGGCCUGCGAUUCCGGAAAACAUUACAAAAAAUGAAUCGAGUAAGCCUAGAAAGUACAAAUCUAAGCGUGUGCGUACAUCUUUUACUUGGGAUCAACAGUUAAUGCUAGAACAGACGUUUGAGAAAACCCAAUAUAUAAAUGGAACUGACCGCCGAGAACUAGCUCAAAAAUUGGGCAUCGGCGAAAAAUGCAUCAAAAUAUGGUUCCAAAACCGAAGAAUGAAGAACAAAAGAAAAUCUUCAGAGUCUAGUGAUUCGUAUACUGAAGCAGAAUGCUCAUCUACAUCUGAUAUUCCAAAACCUGUCCACGCAAGAAUAUCUAGUGCAGUUAACAUGACAUUUCCACAUAACGAAUAUGUUUUACCUAGUAAUGUUGGAAGGAAUUUGUUUAAUAUUGCUCAAGGUACUCAAUUCGUCAGACCUUCAUAUGAUACAGGAUUUCCCUACGAUACUAAUAUGUACCCAACCCAAUACUAUCCCAAUAAUAUAACCGCAUACUACGAUUCGGGUGAAAAUCAAGGCAUCCAAAAUCAUAACCCGAAUAAUUACAAUCGAAUAUCCAAUGAUCAUGACAAUUGAAGCCAAUCACUAUUAAUACUCUUAAAAACUUUUAAAUUAUUUAUAAAAAAAAGAGACAGAGAGACAUCUAAAUUAUUUCAUAGUAUUAUUUCUUUGUUAUUAAAAUAAAUAUUUAAUGAUUUUAUGAAAAUC